AUGGGUACUACAAGUAGCCCAGAAUGCUUGUGCGAGAUCUUCCUCUUUGGAGAUCAGACCGCCAGGUUUGCGCCAGCAUUGCAAGAACUUCUUUUGAAUAAGAAUAGCCCCUAUCUGACGGCCUUCGUUGGCCGGGUAAACUUUGCUCUCAAGAAGGAGAUUUCUUCCCUACCGGUCACUGAGCGGCAGAACUUUCCUUCUUUCGUUGAUGUCGGAGAUCUCGUUUCCAAGUUUCAGCAAGACACAAAGAACCCGGCUUUAGAGAGCACUCUUGUGUGCUUUUACCAGCUAUGUGCUUUUAUACAAUUUUAUGAUUGCCAGGGUCGCUCAUAUCCUCGAGCGGAUGGAACCCAUAUAGUGGGACUGUGCGUCGGCUCUCUCGCAGCCGCAGCAGUGAGCUGCUCGCAGUCUCUGAGUGACUUACUAGUCGCCGGUGUCGACACUGUACGUGUUGCGUUCCGGUUGGGGUUGCGCGUACUUCACACUGCGGAGCUCUUCGACGCUGCCUCAGUCAAAACGAAAGACUUUCCUAGCUGGUCUGUCGCCGUUGCAGAGUCAGUGCUUCCGCGAACUUCGGCCGAGGAUACCCUAAGGAGGUUUAUAUAUGAUACGGGCCUGGCUUCUUCAUCGGCUCCAUACAUCAGCUCUAUAUCCCACCACAGUCUCACCAUCAGCGGUCCUCCUCUUGUGCUCGACAAGUUAGCAAAAACUCUGCUUUCUUCCCCGAAAGACGCCGUGUCCGUACCUAUUCACGCGCCAUAUCAUGCUCCGCAUCUGUACGCCGAGACUGAUGUCGACGAGAUACUUGCGGCCUCCGGGCCAAUCUGCCCCUUCCCGUCCCGUAUCCCAGUAAUCUCUGGGGCAAGUGGCAAAGUCUUUGAGGCUUUACAUCUGCCCCAACUGCUUCGGAGCUGUGUCAAAGACAUGCUCACUCUCUCAUUGAAUAUCACAAACGUCUCAAACUCAGUGGCUAGUGUCCUAUCCGACACGAACGCUGCCAACAAAGUCCUCCGACCUAUAAGUUCCAGCAUUGCUACCAGCGUCUUGUCGUCUCUGGAGCCAUCAGUUUCUCGAGGCUGCAGGGUGGAUUCCUCCAUCACCAAGCCCACCUUGUUUUCGCUGCGAACAGUAGAACAGCCACCUAGGGUAAUCUCAGGCCGGUCACACCACUCCAAGAUCGCAAUUGUGGCAAUGUCUGGAAGAUUUCCCGACGCAGCGAACCUCGACGAGUUCUGGGAUGUACUCUACCAGGGCCGUGAUGUUCAUCGACAGGUUCCUGAGGACCGCUUCAAUGCCGAAAGCCACUACGAUGCGACGGGUCGUCGGAAGAAUACCAGCAAAGUCCUGAAUGGAUGCUGGAUUGAGAAGCCGGGUCAGUUCGAUGCCAAAUUCUUCAACAUCUCCCCCAAGGAGGCGGAACAGUCGGACCCGGGUCAGAGAUUGGCCUUGGAAACAGCCUACGAGGCUCUUGAGAUGGCCGGCAUAGUCCCAGAUAGGACGCCAUCGACGCAACGAGAUCGAGUGGGUGUCUUUUAUGGCAUGACGAGUGAUGACUGGAGAGAAGUCAACAGCGGACAGAACGUCGAUACCUACUUCAUUCCUGGUGGCAACCGGGCCUUUACCCCGGGUAGACUGAACUACUUCUUCAAGUUCAGCGGGCCCAGCGCUAGCAUCGACACGGCGUGUUCAUCGAGUCUUACAGCUAUCCACAUGGCCUGCAAUUCUCUCUGGAGAAACGACUGUGACACGGCCAUCGCCGGUGGCACCAAUAUCAUGACGAACCCAGACAACUUUGCCGGCCUGGAUCGAGGUCAUUUCUUGUCCAGGACAGGGAACUGCAACACAUUCGAUGAUGGCGCUGACGGCUACUGCCGAGCAGAUGGUGUAGGCACUAUUGUCUUGAAAAGGCUCGAAGACGCUGAGGAAGACAGCGACCCUAUCCUCGGGGUGAUUGCGGGAGCAUACACAAACCACUCUGCCGAAGCUGUAUCCAUCACAAGACCUCAUGCAGGAGCCCAAGAAUACAUCUUUUCUAAGCUGCUCCGAGAGUCAGGAAUCGAUCCAUAUGAUAUAAGCUACGUUGAGAUGCACGGCACAGGAACGCAAGCCGGUGACGCGACCGAGAUGUCGUCAGUCUUGAAGACUUUCGCCCCGACGGGUGGUCGUGGCGGCCGCUCUCCUCACCAGAGCCUGCAUCUUGGGUCAGCGAAAGCUAAUGUCGGACACGCUGAGUCUGCAUCUGGAGUGGUGGCGCUGAUCAAGACGCUGCUCAUGUUGCAGAACAAUACUAUCCCACCCCACUGCGGCAUCAAGACAAAGAUCAACCACCACUUCCCGACAGAUCUUGCGGAACGAAAUGUCCACAUUGCGAGAGCUGCCACGCCAUGGAACCGUCCAGCUGGGGGAAGUGGUAUCCGUCGUUCUUUUGUCAACAACUUCUCCGCAGCAGGAGGCAACUCGGCUUUACUUCUCGAGGAUGCACCAGUCUCACUUGCCGAUGACCGGAAUCUCACUGACCCCCGAACAACGCAUGUCGUUGCAAUUUCGGCCCGGUCGGUUGGCUCGCUGAAGAGGAACCUCGAUAACCUUAAGGCAUUUGUUGAGCGGGCACAAGUGGAAGGAGAUUUUGGAUUUCUAACUAAGCUUUCUUACACAACCACGGCAAGGCGCACUCAUCAUCAAUUUCGUAUAGCGCUCAGUGCUCAGACACCGGAACAACUACUGAGUAAGCUCGCCGCCGCGAGUCAACGGGAAGAGGUGAAGAGAAUGCCGGUCACACUUCCCUCGGUCGGCUUCGUCUUCAGCGGCCAGGGAGCACAGUACGGGGGAAUGGGCAAAGAGUACUUCACCUCUUUCUCGCUCUUCCGGUCAGCCAUUCAAGCGUAUGAUCGCAUCGGCCAAUCCCAAGGGCUCCCCUCAAUUUUGCCGCUCAUCACCGGAGAGGCAGACGUUGAGUCUUCGAGCCCGGUCGAGAUCCAGCUGAGCUUGACUUGCUUACAGAUGGCUCUAGCGAAGCUGUGGAAAUCCUUUGGUAUCGAGCCGAGCUUCGUUCUCGGGCAUAGUCUCGGGCACUACGCUGCACUAAAUGUUGCCGGUGUUCUCUCAGCCAGUGAUACCAUCUACCUGACGGGCACGAGAGCGCAAUUGCUUCUUGAUAAGUGCGAGGCAGGCAGCCAUGCGAUGCUCGCUGUCCGGGCAUCAGUCUUGCAGAUUCGACAGUUUCUGAACGCCAAUAUUCACGAGGUGGCCUGCGUCAAUGGGCCACGGGAGGUCGUCAUCAGUGGUAAGGUCACCGAUAUCAAUCAGCUGGCGGAGCAUCUUGCAGCGGACAAUAUCAAGGCAACUCGCGUUCAGGUUCCUUUUGCUUUCCACUCUGCUCAGGUGGAUCCUAUCCUCUCGGACCUCGAUGCGGCGGCUUCCCGAGUGACCUUCCACUCUCCGCAGAUCCCUAUGCUCUGCGCCCUUGAGGCCUCCAUCUUUCUUCCUGGAGAUCACGGUUCCAUCGGUCCACUCCACAUGCAGCGUCACUGCCGCGAGACGGUCAACUUCGAAGGGGCUUUGAAGACUGCAGAGCGCGAGGGCUUGAUCAGCACCAGUGGGAGCACCCUGUGGAUUGAGAUAGGACCUCAUGCCGUCUGCUCUACGUUUCUGAAGGCGAGCCUAGGACAAAAUACUAUGACGAUUCCCUCUCUCCGUCGUGCGGAAGACCCCUGGCGGGUGCUUUCUGAUGGCCUCAGCAACUUAUACAACGCCGGGCUAGCUGUUGACUGGAACGAAUACCACCGAGACUUCGCGGCAUGCCAUCAAGUUCUCCGACUGCCUUCCUACAGCUGGGACCACAAGAACUACUGGAUUCAAUAUGUUCACGAUUGGUCGCUCACAAAGGGUGACGCCCCGAUCGCAACGCAGCACCCAAUCACGACAUCUCCAAUCUCCACCCCUUCAACACCUUCUGUUCAAAAGAUUGUGCAGGAGACUCUUCGUGGCCAAGAAUUGACGCUUCUAGCCGAGUCGGAUCUUGCGAGUCCUUUGCUGGCCGAGAUCGCCCACGGCCAUCUUGUCAACGGUGUCAAAGUCUGUACUUCCUCCCUCUAUGCCGAUGUUGGCCUCACCCUGGGCAAUUACAUCCUCAGCAGGCACCGUCCAGACUUGUUGGGUUACGCGGCCAAUGUUCAUCAUAUGCAAGUCUACAAGCCCCUUAUCCUAAAAGAAGAUGCAAGCGGUACCCCGCUCCCCACGCCUUUCUAUAUCGAAGUGAACUAUCGAGUCGACACCAUGACAGCGUCCAUGACGAUUCGAAGCAGUGGCUCUCAUCACGAUGGACCCGUCGCGAAGCAUGUCGAUUGCGAAUUGCACUUUGAGAAUCCCAAAGACUGGGAGUCGGAGUGGGAUCGCCAGGCCUACUUGAUCAAACGCAGCAUCGAGUAUCUUGAGAACCGAGCAACCCAGGGACUAGACAGCACGCUCGCGACGGGUAUGAUCUACAAAGUCUUUUCCUCGCUGGUCGACUACCAACAAGACGGCUUCAAAGGGUUGAGAGAAGUCGUUCUGCAUAGUGAAGAUCUCGAGGGCACAGCCAAGGUCCGGUUUCGCGGCCCUCGUGGGGGCUUCUACUGCAACCCGCUGUGGAUUGACAGUUGCGGCCAGACGACUGGGUUUCUCAUGAACUGCCACCAGACCACACCGCGUGACUACGUCUAUGUAAACCAUGGAUGGAAGUCUAUGAAGUUGGCCAGAGAGUUUCAAGAGGACACCACUUACCGGACCUACAUCCAUAUGAGGCCUGUCGAUGGCACCAAAUAUGCAGGCGAUUUGUAUAUUCUGGAUGAAAACAGCACCAUAAUCGGUGUGUACGGCGAUAUUACAUUCCAAGGUCUUCCGCGGCGCGUUCUCAACACCGUGUUGCCUCCGCCUGGAGCCACACCUCCGGAAGCACUUCGAGGACAUCGAGAAAGGCCACAGCCAUCUCCGAUGCACCACACUUCUUUGGAAGCGCCAGGAGACAAAACCGUCCCAUCUCGCCCUGCAGUAGGUGCCAUGACCAUGCCGCCGCCGCCAGCAGCAGAUGAUACAUCUCCCCAGCUGAGACCCCUUCUUCGCAUCCUGUCAGAGGAAAUCGGACUGUCCCUCAGCGACCUGAAUGAUGACGACCUGGACUUUGCAGACCACGGCGUCGACUCUUUGCUAUCCCUAACCCUCACAGGCCGCAUGCGUGAGGACCUGGGCAUCGACGUGGACUCUUCCGCCUUCAUAACGUGCCCGACACUCGGCCAGCUCAAGACCUUUUUGGGAUUCACCGUCAGCGAGACGAGUAGCAGCAGUAGUGGCGGUGCCAGCGGUGCCGGCAGCCCUCCAACCGAAAGCGAGCCAGACACAUCCACAACCCUCUCCAGCGACGGCGAACAAAGCAAGAUUGACAGCGACGAGGAGGAAGACGUGAGAAAUGCACCUCGUGGCCACAGCCUCCUACACCACUUUCGAGCCACCUCGACGCUUCUCCAAGGCAACCCCAAACGAGCACGCUCAACCCUCUUCCUCCUCCCCGACGGCUCCGGCUCCGCCACCUCCUACGCCUCGCUCCCGCCCAUCUCUCCAGCCGGCGACAUCGCCGUCUACGGCCUCAACUGUCCCUGGCUCAAGGACGCAACACAUCUCGUCGAAUUCGGUCUCCGCGGCUUAUCUGAGCUCUACGUGUCCGAGAUCCUGAGACGGCAGCCGCGGGGGCCAUAUGACCUCGGAGGGUGGUCCGCCGGCGGCAUCUGUGCCUAUGAAGUAGCCCUCAUGCUCACCAGGGCCGGCCAUCGCGUCGACCGGCUCAUCUUGAUCGACUCACCUAGCCCAAUCGGACUGGAAAAGCUGCCUCCCCGGUUAUACGACUUCCUCGACGCCCAGAACGUAUUCGGCUCGGAGAAUCCCCAUGGCGCAGCAGGCGGAGGAGGUAGUAAGGCGCCCGAGUGGCUUCUAGCGCACUUUUUGGCAUUUGUGGAAGCGCUCGACAACUAUGUCGCUGUGCCCUGGGAGAUGGCUCUCAGGAGCUUCAAAGUCGGCAAGGGCCUAGAGAACCCGUUGCCUUCGCCGCCGCGAGCCUAUUUGCUGUGGGCUGAGGACGGUGUUUGCAAGAAUCCCGAGGAUCCUCGCCCAGAGUACAGUGACGACGACCCUCGUGAGAUGAGAUGGCUCUUGGAGAAUAGGACCAGUUUUGGGCCGAAUGGGUGGGAGGCUUUACUUGGGGGUGAGGAGAAUACCUUUGUUGAUCGGAUCUCUGGAGCGAAUCAUUUCACGAUGUUGAAGAGAGGCCGAAAUUCGGGUCUGGUUGCUGAUUUCCUUGCCAGAGCUUUUGCAUAG